AUGGAACAACACGGACGACGCGAGCGAGAGAGCAGUCCCUGCGCGUCCGCCCUCGCCACCUUUUUCUUGGUCUUGGGGGUCACUUCCUCCGCUCUCUUCGUUGCCGCUCAACCCAAGACUGCGCCACCGUCUGAUGAGGGCCCGAGCCUGCCCCCCGUUCCGCAGAAUCUGGGGUCUCUCGUGGGCGGCGGACUUCCCCUAGACUUUGGGAAGCUCCACGAAGCAGCCAGUGAGCCAUCCUUUGACGCCUGGCUCGUUGCAGUGCGGCGGACUCUCCACAUGUGGCCAGAAACCGCGUACUCCGAGCGCAGGACUUCCGCGCUUGUGCAAAAACUCCUCAAGGAGAUGAAUAUUCGCUUCACGUCUGGCUGGGGCACGAAUGUCGUCGGAAUGAGCGAAUAUGAGAAGAAAGCUGCGCGUGCGCGACGAGAAGGGACGGGAGUUGUGGCAGAAAUCGGCACUGGAGAGGAGCCCUGCGUGGCGCUACGAGCAGACAUGGACGCCCUACCGAUAUCUGAACGCAUACAGGUGCCUUUUCGAUCGAAAAUCGACGGCAACAUGCACGCGUGCGGCCACGACGCGCACACCACGAUGCUUCUGGGCGCGGCGGCGCUGCUGAAGCAUUUGGAGCCUCACAUCAAAGGGACGGUGCGUCUGAUCUUUCAGCCGGCGGAGGAAGGCGGCGCUGGCGCGCUGAUGAUGCGAGAGGAGGGCGUGCUAACUACACCGCCGCGCGUCGCCUUCAUCUUCGGGAUGCAUGUGGCCCCGUGGCUGCCGACUGGCGAGAUCUCCACGAAGAAAGGCGUCAUGAUGGCGGCGACCACGACGUUUUCCAUCACUGUUAAGGGCCGCGGAGGCCACGCCGCGAUGCCGCACAAAAACAUCGAUCCGAGCCCGGCUGCCGCGGCGAUCGUUCAGGGCCUGUACGCCAUCGCUGCGCGCGAGACGUACUUCACCGAGGAGAGCGCCUCGGUCAUUUCCGUCACGCAAAUCAAGGGCGGUUCAGCGUUCAACGUAAUCCCGUCGGAGUACUUCGUCGCAGGGACGAUUCGUGCGCUUCACUCGAAGCAGAUCCGCGCCUUGCAAGCUCGCGUGGCUGACCUCGCCGCCAACCUCGCGAAGGCGUUUCAGUGCGAGGCGCAGGUCGAGUUUGAUCCCGUCGGCUACGCAGCCCUCGUGAACGACUCAGGCGCCACGGACUUCUUUGUCACGGCCGCGGCGGAGGCGUCAAUAAGCGGAGAAGUUGCCACUAUGGAGCCGACGAUGGGCGGCGAAGACUUUGCGUUCUUCCUCGAGCAUGUGCCCGGUACCUUCGCGAUGGUGGGCAUCGGAAGCGCCGCAGCAGACCGGCCUGGCCACGUCCCAACCGACCGCGCGCUCCACAACGACGCAUUCGCCGUCGACGAGCGCGUGCUGAGUCGCGGAGCGGCGCUGCAUGCCCUGGUGGCGCUGAGGGCACUCGCGCACGUGGCGAGCCAGAAAACCGAGGGCGGUGACGCGAGCAAGAAGGACGAACUGUGA